AUGAUUCUGCUUGAGGACAAGAAGGAAAUCAUCAGGAAGCAUGAAGGAGGAAUGCGAUUGACUGACCUUGCCAAAGAGUAUGGAAGGAGUGCAUCCACAAUCGGUACAAUCCUAAAAAUGAAAGAGAAGAUUACUGGGAGAGAUGCAGCCAAGGGAGUCACCAGGGUCUCCAAGCAACGGCCACCUGUUCUGGAGGAGGUCGAGAAGUUGCUCCUGCUCUGGAUUGAACAGAAGCAGCGUGCAGGGGACUCAGUGACCAAGGCGAUCGUCUGUGAAAAAGCCAAGGCCUUGCACGAUGACCUCCUCAAACAACAGCCAGGAACGUCAGCAGAUGCAGAAGGCUUCAAGGCCAGCAGGGGGUGGUUCGAAAGGUUCAAGACCAGAUCUGGCAUCCACAGUGUGGUCAGGCAUGGAGAGGCUGCAAGUCCCGAUGUUGCUGCAGCUGAGGAAUUUGCUACGGAGUUCCUGGAGGUCAUAGUGUCAGAGGGCUACCUUCCUCAGCAGGUCUUCAACUGCGACGAGACUGGACUCUUCUGGAAGAGGAUGCCAAAGCGUACCUUCAUCACAGAAGAGGAGACCUCAUUGCCUGGCCACAAGCCGAUGAAGGACCGUCUUACCCUCCUGUUCUGCGCCAACGCCAGUGGGGACCUUAAGAUCAAGCCCCUACUUGUCUACCAUUCAGAGAACCCACGGGCCUUCAAGAAACACAAGGUGAACAAGGAGCAGUUGAGUGUUUUGUGGCAGUCUAACCCAAAGGCUUGGGUCACACGCCUCUUGUUUGUGAAGUGGGUCAAUGCGGUUUUUGGUCCUGCUGUGAAGAAGUACCUUGUGGACAAUAACCUGCCACUCAAGGCCAUGCUGCUCAAGGACAAUGCUCCUGCCCAUCCUCCAGGUCUCGAGGAAGACUUGUUGGAGGACUUUAAUUUCAUCAAGGUCAUGUUCCUUCUGCCUAACACCACCCCACUACUCCAGCCAAUGGACCAGCAGACAAACCUAAAUUCUGCUUGGCGCAACCUGUGGCCAGACUGUGUUGUAAAACCUGCCCCCAGUGCUUCUGCACCUGCACUAGAGUCAACAGUGUUGGAGGAAAGUGUUUCCUUGGGGAGGACUAUGGGCCUGGAGGUGACUGAGGAGGAUGUCUACGAGCUGGUGGAGGAACACGACCAUGACCUAACCACCAAGGAGCUGGUGGAAUUGCAGAAGGAGUCGAUGGAGGAGCAGAUCGCAUUUGAGGAGGAGGAGGAAAUUAGUGAGGAACAGCUCUCUUCCACAGAACUCAAGGAGGCAUGCCAAAUGUGGGUAAACCUACAGACUUUUGUACAGCAGCACCACCCAGAUAAGGCUCUAGCCCACAGACUUGUGAGCAGUUUUGACACAGACAUCAUGUCCCCUUUCCGAGGGAUGCUUAAAAGGCGCCAGAGGCAGCAGACAAUGGAAAGGUUCCUACAAAACCAGCCUAGACAUGAAGAAGAACCUGCUUGUGUUAGUGCUGCCCAAUUGCCCUCGUCCUCCACAUCUUCCAAAAAGGGUUGA